CGCCAGACUUUAAUUCCCAACAAAAAUAAAAAAAAACCAAAGUGGUGUCGUGUAGCGUUCGUUUUCCGUUCGAACUUCAGUAGCGUUCUCCGUAGCACUAUUAUCAGAAUCGCAAUCUUAGGGUUCCAACUCCAAUUCAUGACUUCAAUCCAAUUCACAACCUUCUGCUACCUCUCUCCUUGUUCUUCCCACCCAAUGUGAAUGAAACAACAACACUCACACAACACCACAAGGUAGAUGACCUCAACCAAUUUCACCGGUUUCAUCUUGGCCGUGGUUUCCAGUGCUUUCAUCGGCUCCAGCUUCAUCAUCAAGAAAAAGGGUCUUCAACUCGCCGGUGUUAACGGUCCUCGUGCCAGUGUUGGUGGCUAUGGUUACUUGCUUCAACCUCUCUGGUGGGUCGGAAUGAUUACCAUGAUUGUUGGAGAGAUAGCGAAUUUCGUUGCAUACAUUUACGCCCCGGCUGUGCUUGUUACUCCACUUGGUGCUUUGAGUAUUAUUGUUAGUGCUGUCUUAGCGCAUUUCCUCUUGGAGGAGAAGCUGCAGAAAAUGGGCAUGCUGGGGUGUCUUCUAUGCAUUGUGGGAUCUACUGUUAUUGUGCUCCAUGCUCCUGAAGAGAUGUCUCUUAGUUCUGUGCAAGAAAUUUGGGAACUGGCCGUUCAACCCGCGUUCCUCUCGUACACGGCCGCAGCCAUUGCCGUGACAUUGGCUCUUGUUUUGUAUAUUGCGCCCCGCUUUGGCCAGACUAAUAUUUUGGUUUAUGUUGGAAUAUGCUCUGUAAUUGGGUCCUUAACUGUCAUGAGUGUGAAAGCAAUUGGCAUUGCAAUGAAACUUACAUUAGAAGGCGCAAACCAGUUUUUCUACUUUCAGACAUGGAUUUUUUCUACGGUUGCUAUUACCUGCAUCAUUAUCCAGCUAAAUUACCUUAAUAUGGCACUGGAUAACUUUAAUGCAGCAGUUGUUUCUCCAAUCUAUUAUGCAUUGUUCACAGCUUUUACAAUAUUAGCCAGUUUAAUCAUGUUUAAGGACUAUUCUGGUCAAAGUAUAAGCAGUAUUGUGUCAGAGUUAUGUGGUUUCAUCACUGUUUUAUCUGGAACAACUGUAUUGCACAGUACAAGAGAACCGGAUCCUCCAGCCAUUACAGAUUUAUAUACACCAUUGUCUCCUAGAGUAUCAUGGUAUAUCCAAGGCAAUGGUGAACCCUGGAAACAGAAAGAGGAAGAUGUUCCACCCAUUAAUUUAAUCACAAUUAUACGGCAAGAUCAUUUCAAGUGACAGAGGUGCCCUAAAUCAUUGAGCUAUGGUAUCUGUACAUUUCAUGUUGAUUAAGCAACAGAAAUUUGCCAGCACAAUGGGGUUUGGCUCUGCUAUAUUCUAUCACAUUGUGCAGUCAGAGGAGAUAUUGUUUCCUUUUUUCCAGAAAUGAUGGCUUGAUUUCCAAUGUUUCAAAGGGGUGAUUAUUUGCCUACUUUUCUUUUCUUUUUUGUAAUCAUCCUGUAUCCCUUUUUCCCCAUGUAUUUCUUAUUAAUCUUUUCAGAGCACCCAGUCUUUUUGUUUUUUUUUUUCUUUUUGUAAAAUUGAAGAAUGCUUCCUUGUUUUGGCAGAUGGUAGAAGGUGAUCCGUGUAUAUUGUAAAAUACAGUUAUUUUAGUAAUUAACAUUGAAUUUGUCAUUCA